AUGCGGAAUGCCGAAAAUAGUCUUUCCUUGUCCGAUUCUCUCUCUCCUUGGCCCUAGACUGCUUUCUUACUCGUGAAAUGGUUUUUGGCAAGAUAAGAUGGAUAGGAUUUCUGACUUCCUAUACCUAACAAAUAGGGCAUGAGGGCUUCAAGACUAUGAUAAGACAGUCCUGUCUCGAUCCUUUUUCUAUUUCUUCCUUCUUUUCACUCCGCUAGUCCUUUGAUCACUCUGAAAUUAUAAAAUGAAGGGAAUAGUGUUGAAAAUGAGGGAUCAAUCUGAAAUUGUACAAUGAAGGGAAUAGUGUUCCCUUCUGCACAAAACGACACAAACUGAUCCAUUUCCAGCCUCACUGUUUCCAGCUUUCUUCCUGAAAAACUAGUUUCCAUUCCGAUUUCACUCGACGCCCUCUUCUACUUCCCCAUCAGUUACCACCGAUACCCACGCCUCCAUUUCCCCAACUCACCACAAACCCAAAAUCACCAUUUCCUGUCACCCAUCCCUUGAUCAUCUGCUCUCCACCAUAACCACAACAUUUCCUUCGGCAAAUUCGUCUCCCUCAACCUCAAUUUCAAAUCCCAUCUCUUCUCUCGACCUCCACAGAAACGCCACCACAGCCUUCUUUCCCAUUGAAAUACCCAUUAUGCCUCUCCAAACCAGACUCACGACACCACAUCACUCCCUUUCACGAUAGCCCCAACGCCAUUCUAUCGAUCUUCCCCAAACUCUCGCACCAUUAUCCACUAAACGGAGCUCACGGAGCACAACAAUUUCAACUCCUUCAACUAGCAGACCUCCAUCCUCACCAACAUUUCUGUACACAAGUUUACUAUGAAAACUUAAAUUUUGAAAUUCAGAUCCAUCGUAUCCAUCUUCAGCAGUCUCUGUUCUUUCCCUCCCACAAAGCUUCAUUGCCUUCUUCUGCUCCACCAUCGAUUUCAGAGACCAGACCCAGCUUUCGACGACUCACCAUGGCAGCAACGAUGCCCACAGAAUCGGAAAUGUUCAGACCAAUCGAGCCCUUCACCAGCUGAAGCAGAGUCAUCCUCCGAGCAUCCGCUGGCUUCUGGACAGUAGCUACACGACUGGGGCAGAGACUCAUUGUUGUUCAAUCGUCACUCAAGGAUUUGGGAGUAAGACGGGUGUUCCUUUGAUCCUGUCUUCUGUGUUAUGGUCUUUGGCACGAAGUUUUGAGUUCACUUUUACAUGCUUAUUAGCCGACAGUAGAGUGAAAUGGUUGAGACUAGCUUUGUGCUCAUGUUUAUUAAGCAUGUGAGUUUCAUUUGAAGUUUUAGCUCAUUGAUUCGUGGAUAUUGGUGCCGAACAUAAACUUUGCAAUUUAGAAAUUGCCUUUUGGGGUUUGUUCUGAAAUAUACUAAUAUGAUGUUGUACGAGGGAAGGAAGAGUUGAUUGUGCAGGCCUUUGAGUGUUGUUAAAAAUUGGAAACGAAAGAUUCACUGUUAGAUCCCGAAUUUUCGAUGCCUAAUAAGAGUUUUGUUUUAAAAAAUAAUAAUAAGAUUAAAAUAUUUUUAAAAGGGUUAAGAGAUUCAAUAGGAGCUUUCCUUUGAAUCUUCUUAUACCAAUUUAAUUAAAUUGUAAAUUUAUAAUAAUAAUAAGAUUAAAAUAUUUUUAGAAGAAGUUAAUGGAUUCAUUAUGCAUUUUCUUUUGAAUUUUUUUUCUUUUAAAAGCAAAACUACCGAUUGUAUUAAUAAAUUUCAUCAAACAAAGAGAUAUCAUCCCAAACAGAGAGAUAAUUAUGUCUAAUAGAUUCUCUAACCAAAUUAUGCCUAAUAGAUUUUAUAGCCAAAGUACUAGAGCAGCUAGAGUAGCAUUACAACGAACCCAUCUAACAGAAAUAUGAGUUCUAGAGUCUCACAAAGAUUUACAAUCAUUCAAAAUGAAACUCCUGCAUAAGAUAAUUUGGCAAAGAUACUCCUCCUUUCUCAUCUCUCGAGCAUAAAUCAUUAAAGUCUCCGAACAAAGUCACAGAAGAGAGCUUCUACGAGAUAAAUCUCGAAUAAGAUUUCAAGACCGAUGUCGUUGCGAUUCCGGAAACCCAUAAUAACCCGUAAACCUAUAUUGAACAUUACCUUCCGAAACAAUUGAAUCAAUAAAAUUUGAAAAAAAGUCAACCACAAGAAAAGCCAAAAAUAGACACAUAUUCUUCCACAUUAACGAAAGACCUCCUCCCAAUUCUUGUCUAUUGACUGAGAAGUAACCAUCAAAAUGUAAAAAAUUAUGAAAAAAAUUCCAUACGAGAAUUAAGAGUUUUUGUUUCCAUAAAAAAUAAAAUGUUCGGCUUAUAACUAGUAACUAAAUCCUUCAAUGCAUUAACUGUCCGAGAUUGCCGAGUCCUCGGCAGUUCCAAUAGAGGACGAUCAUUGCUUUCGACUAUCCCGACCUUUAAUGGGAUGAGCCGUUUCACUGUUGUCUAUCAAAUUAACAUUCACAGGAGUGUUGUAAGGGCAUCCUGUUGAGAGGAAGGAAAACCUGAACCAACGUUAUGUUUAGUGUUUCUUGACUUUUUUUAGCAUCAUCAUUUAUUCGGGCUGCGAUCUCCUCAUCAAGCUUAUUAGAACUGCCUUGGCCCAUAGAAUUAUUGUCCAUGUCCAUAAUAUGGUCAUCGAUCUCCUUAUUUACAAUGGGUUGUCUUUUGCCAAAUAAGGAGAAUUGCCUAUUAUGUGCUGCCAAAUUAGUGUUUUAAAAAUUGCUAGUUGAUGCCAAUUCUGCUACAAAUUCCGGCGGAGCAGAAUUGCCGGAAUCACGCAGCUAUAGGCUUGUCAGUCUCUAGUUUCGAUGAACAGGUGCUCUGAGGAAAUCACCCCAACCAAACUUGAUAUCUUCUUUCUUCAAUCUCAGCUGCAAGUUACAGAAAGUCUCCACGUGAUCCAGUUUCCCACAUAAAUAGCAAAAGAUAGUAAGUUUUUCGUAUUCAAACUUCAUAGUAAACACAGUACCAUCAUCUCUAACAAACUUUUUCCGCCGUUUCAAAAGUUGUCGAAUGUCCAAACAAACUUUAAUUCUCAUAGGGUCCGGCGACAUAACUGAAGCAUUUUUCAUAUCAUACUCUUUAUAGUGGCCAACUUCUCGUUAUGAUACCCAGAAGAGAGGUCUUUAAUCAGAAUCCAAAAAUCAGAAUGAGUUAGAGGGAUAUGGAGAGGAUUUUCGUUACCUUGUAUCUUCUUCUAAACAAGCAGGAAUCGAUUGUAUAACCAAGAGCUCCCAUUUAUUAUAUUUUCAAAAUCAACAUUAUUAAAAAGCUGAAACAGAUAUCUUUUUACCUCUAAUUUUAUAAUAGAUAACCCUCUAAAGGAUGCCAUAAAUCUGCCAAAAAGGUCUGCAUAUUCUUACUAUGUAGAAAUAUAAGUGACGAUCGGAAUAUGUGUGGAACUCUUAAUAGGGGCAACAACUUCUUCUUCUUUUUCAUCAAUAGUUAAUUGACGCAGAUCGUCUUUCAUGGAGGAGAGGAAAGAAGAAGUUAGGUUUAAAAAAGAGAAAAAGGAGAGAGUAUCGAAUCACAAAGGGACCACAGAGGAAAACUUGUAUCGAAAGUUUACCAGCUAUCAUAAAUUUUCUUUUGGAUCUUAUAACUCUAAUUUAAUUUAAUUUUUUUAAAAAUAUUUUAGGAGUUAAUAGGCAUUUUGCUUUGAAUCUUCUUACUCCAAUUUAAUUAAAUUUAAAGGGUAAUAAUGAUAAAAUUAAAAUAUUCUUAAAGGCUUUAAAGUUCAAUAGUCGUUUUUCCGUUGGACCAUUGUUAGUAUGAUUAUUCAAUAGGCUUUUUCUUUUGAAUUAAGUGAAUCAAAUUUUUAAAAAAUAAUAGGCAUUUUUCUUUAAAUGGCCUUGCUUUAUUUUAAUUAAAAUUAAAAUAAUAAUAAUAACUACAUAAAACUAAGUAAUAGAAGAGCCAAAAUGGUUCCCGGUUACGGUGCUGAAGCAUCUUAACAUCCUUGUUUUGUUCCUUUGCUCGCUGUUGAGUUCAACUGAGUUCCAAGUCUUUUAUAAAGGAAAUGAGAUCUUCACGAACUCUUCAGGUUUGGAAACUUGGAACAGUCAACUACUUGGAGGCACUGAAACUGCAGGAAAAGCUGGCCUCUGAUAGAAAAGCUCAUAAAAUUCCUGAUACUCUCUUGUCCCUGCAACAUCCGCCUACAUACACCCUUGGCAAAAGGAGGACUGAUCAUAAUCUAUUGAUCCCCUUAUCUGAUCUCCAGAAGCUAGGAGCUGAACUUCAGUAUACACAAAGAGGAGGUGAUAUUACAUAUCAUGGCCCCCGUCAGGCCAUUUUAUACCCCAUUAUUUCUCUUCGUGAGAUUGGACUUGGUGCUCGGAGUUAUGUGGAGAAACUUGAAUCGACUAUGAUUGAAUUGGCGUCGCUAUAUGGCGUCAAAGCUUGUGCUGGACAAAAGGGUGAAACCGGUGUUUGGGUUGCAGACAGAAAGAUUGGUGCAAUUGGAAUUCGUAUAUCAUCUGGAAUCACCUCUCAUGGAUUGGCAUUUAAUAUUGAUCCUGAUCUAAAUUAUUUUAAGCAUAUUGUACCUUGUGGGAUUGUGGAUAAAGAAGUUACAUCUUUGAGAAGGGAGACAGGUACUCUGCUUCCUUCUGAUGAAGUAAUUCACGAGCAGUUGAUUUCUUGUUUUGCUCGACUAUUUGGUUUUAGUAGUCUUAUUUGGAAGGAAAGUAAUUCAGUAUUGUCAGGUGAUAGGAAAGUGAAAGAUAUGUGAUUGCGAAUGCUUUAAUGUUGUCAUAUGAUGAGAACCAGAUGAGAUAGUUAUUAUCUCCUCAUAGAAAAACCAUGUAGCAUUUGCCCUGUAUAAUUGAUUUAUUCCUUGGAGGAAAAUCAAUGGAAGUUGUUGAUAAUUUUCUA